UCAAGCAUAUUUCUCGACCGAGAAAUAAGAAAACCAACUCUCUUCUCUGCAACGGUAACGGGCGACGCUGCGACUCCUUCACUCUCUUCUUCUUUUCUUCUCUUGGAAACACACACUCUCUCUCCGGUACCCUUCACUGCCUUCCAAUCUCCUUCUUUUACCCUCUUCGUGCACCGCCUCACAACACCAUCCAAUCAAGCCACUUUCCACUGUCAAGCCGCCUACUUGGUUGGCCUAGCACCACCGCACUCCGGUACUUUGAAAGGCUCUCUUGCUAUGGGUGUUGAAGACAGCAUGAAAGUAGAUGUUGGGGAAGAAGAAGAAGAGGAAGAAGAAGAAGAGGGACAAGAGGAAGAAGAAGAAGGAGGAGAAGAAGAGGACAAUGAUGAUGAAGGGGAGUAUACUUUCAGAUUUAAAGAUGGGAUAAAUCCCUUGGACUUUGUGGAAGAUGAUGCUGAUUCUGGUGUCCAACCAUAUGAGCAAUUCGAGCGCCUUGAGUAUGAAGCUCUGGCUGAGAAAAAACGAAAAUCACUUGCCAAUAGUCAACGUGAAGAAAAUUCAAAGAAGGCCAGGCAAGAAGAUAUAUCUGGAGCAAUCAUAGAUGAAAUAAUGGAAGCCAUGAACUAUGGCAUUCGAAGGAAAUCAAGGAAGCCUAAGAAAAGAGGUAGGCGGAAAGGGUCAAAGAAUAAACUCAGCCCUGAAAUUACAAGAAUGCUUGGAGAUGCCACUCUUCAUUAUGCACAUGGUUGUUUUGAAGAGGCCAAAUCAGUGUUGCAUGAAGUUAUUAGGCUAGCACCAAAUUUGCCUGACCCGUAUCACACCCUUGGACUUGUCCAUAAUGCACUUGGUGAUGAUAAGAAAGCCUCAAAUUUCUACAUGAUUUCUGCGCAUUUGAAACCAAAAAAUUCAUCCCUGUGGAAGCGGCUUCUUACCUGGUCCAUUGAACAAGGAAACAUUGGUCAAGCUAAUUAUUGCCUUUCUAAAGCAAUAACGGCGGAUCCUAAGGAUAUUACUCUAAGAUCUCAUCGUGCAUCAAUCCAUGUUGCGCUUGGAGAUUAUCAAAAAGCUGCAGAGUCAUAUGAACAAAUAUAUCAACUUAAUCUUGAUAACAUUGAAGCACUCAAGAAGGGGGCGAAGUUGUACCAGAAAUGUGGUCAGCUUGAACAUUCUGUCCGCAUUCUUGAGGAUUAUGUUAAAAGUCAUCCAAGUGAAGCUGAUUUGAGUGUGAUUGAUCUGCUAGCUGGCAUAUUCAUGGAAUGUAAUUCCCACGAAAAAGCUCUCCAACUUAUUGAGCAUGCAAACCUAACCUACUAUUCAGGAAAAGAGCCGCCUUUGAAUUUGACAGUAAAAGAAGGAAUCUGUCAUGUUCACCUUAAAAAUUUGGAGAAGGCAGAGGCUCUCUUCUGUGUUUUGCUGCAAAAAAGCAUAAAUGAUCAUGCUGACUUGAUCACUGAAGCUGCAGACUCAUUGAUGAAUCUUGAACAUUAUAACUCUGCAUUGAAGUACUAUCUGAUGUUGGAAGGAAGUGCUGAAGGUGACAAUGGUUUCUUAUAUCUGAAAAUUGCUCAGUGUUACUCAUCCUUGAAAGAAAGAUUGCAAGCGAUUCUCUUCUUGUACAAAGCUCUACAAAUGCUUGAGGAUAAUGUCAAUGCCAGAUUAACUCUUUCUUCCCUCCUCCUGGAAGAAUCUAAAGAAGAUGAAGCAAUAUUGUUGCUUACUCCAAAAAAUUUAGACUCUAUCAACCUACCUCCUGAAAAAUCUAAACCAUGGUGGCUGAAUGAAAAGGUGAAAUUGAAGCUUGCUCACAUAUAUAGAGCUAAAGGGAUGCUUGAGGACUUUGUGGAUGCAGUCUUCCCUUUAGUUCGUGAGUCAUUAUAUGUUGAAACUCUUCAUCCUAAGGUUAAAGUGAAAAAGAGACUCUCAAGAAAAGUUCUGUUUGAAAGAGUAAGAGUACUGGACGAUCAAGAAACGGAGAAUGUAUUUUGUGGAUUUAGACCUGUCGCUGCCUCGUCGGAUCUGUCAAAAGCUGCCAGAGCAAGGCGGUUACUUCAGAAGAAGGCAACAUUAAGGGAAAAAAAGAGAGCCGAGGCACUGGCUUCAGGGGCUGAUUGGCAAAGUGAUGAUUCUGGGGAUGAUGAGUCUCCGCAAGAAGUGCUCCGAGAACCUCCCUUGCCUGAUCUUCUGAAAGAUGAAGAGCAUCAUCGCCUUAUAAUAGAUUUGUGUAAAUCAUUGGCUUCCUUGCGAAGAUACUGGGAAGCAUUGGAGAUUAUUAACCUCACUUUAAGAUUGGCUCAUAACAUGCUGUCUGCAGAGAAGAAAGAGGAGCUUCGAUCUCUUGGAGCUCAGAUAGCAUACAACACCACAGAUCCUAAGCAUGGAUUUGACUGUGUAAAAUACAUUGUUCAGCAGCAUCCUUACAGCCUUGCUGCCUGGAAUUGCUAUUACAAAGUAAUUUCAAGACUGGAGAAUCGGGAUUCAAGGCAUUUUAAAUUUCUACGUGGUAUGCUUGGUAAACUCCAAGAUUGUGUACCACCCAUUAUCAUCUAUGGACAUCAGUUUACCAUGGCCAGCAAUCAUCAGCAUGCUUCAAGUAAAUACCUUGAAGCUUAUAAACUGCUGCCAGAGAAUCCAUUGGUUAAUCUUUGUGUUGGAACUUCCUUGAUUAAUUUAGCACUAGGAUUCAGACUUCAAAACAAGCACCAGUGUCUUGCGCAAGGCUUGGCUUUCCUCUACAACAACUUACAUCUUUGUGAAAACAGCCAGGAAGCGUUAUAUAACAUAGCCAGGGCGUAUCAUCAUGUUGGCCUUGUAACUCUUGCUGCCUUAUAUUACGAGAAAGUGCUUGCAACUCAUGAGAAAGAUUACCCCAUACCAAAGCUUCCCUGUGAGGAUCCAGACAUUGUGGAAAAUCGGAAGCCGGGAUAUUGCGACCUCCGCAGAGAAGCAGCUUAUAACCUGCAUCUGAUCUACAAAAAGAGCGGAGCAUUUGAUCUUGCUAGGCAAGUCUUGAAAGAUCAUUGCACCAUUUGAGUAUACAUCUCCCAUUUACUAACUAUUAGCUAGCAUGAACAACACUUUGUCUUAUUUGUAGAUUUACUUGUAUAAAUUAAUUAGCUUAUAAUAUGAUGGAUGCACUUUGAUUGUUGGAAUUAAAGAAUAUUUUAUAUA